AUGCCAACCAUGGAUGACAUUCUAGAGCACAUAGGGGAAUUUGACUUUUUCCAGAAACAGACAUUUUUCCUGUUAGCUCUACUCUCUGCAGCGUUCACCCCCAUCUACGUGGGCAUCGUCUUCCUGGGCUUCACCCCAGACCACCGCUGCCUGAGCCCCGGGGUGGCCGAGCUGAGCCGGCGAUGCGGCUGGAGCCUGGCGGAGGAGCUGAACUACACGGUGCCCAGCCUGGGGGCCAUGGGCGAGGCUUUCCCCAGCCAGUGCCGCGGCUAUGAGGUCGACUGGAACCGGAGCGCCCUCAGCUGCGUGGACCCUCUGGCCGGCCUGGCCACCAACAGGAGCCACCUGCCUCUGGGGCCCUGUCGCCACGGCUGGGUGUACGACACGCACGGCUCGUCCAUCGUGACCGAGUUUAACCUAGUGUGUGCCAAUUCCUGGAUGCUGGACCUGUUUCAGUCGACUGUGAAUGUAGGAUUUUUUAUCGGUGCUGUGGGUAUCGGCUACCUAGCAGACAGGUUUGGUCGUAAGCUCUGCCUCUUGGUGACGAUCCUCAUAAAUGCUGCAUCUGGAGUUCUCAUGGCCAUUUCCCCAAACUAUACAUGGGUGUUAAUUUUCCGCUUGAUCCAGGGGCUGGUCAGCAAGGCAGGCUGGUUAAUAGGCUACAUCCUGAUUACAGAAUUUGUCGGGCUGAGCUAUCGGAGAACGGUGGGUGUUGUUUACCAAGUGGCCUUCACCGCUGGGCUCCUGGCGUUGGCUGGGGUGGCCUAUGUGCUUCCUCACUGGAGGUGGCUACAGCUCACUGCUACUCUGCCCAACAUCUGCUUCUUGCUCUAUUACUGGUGCAUACCUGAGUCUCCAAGGUGGCUGAUCUCCCAGAACAAAAGUGCUAAAGCCAUGGGAGUCAUUAAGUACAUCGCAAAGAAAAAUGGAAAAUCUCUGCCGGCCUCCCUUCAGAGCCUCAGACCUGAAGAGGAAGUUGAUGAGAAGCUGAAUCCUUCAUUUCUUGACUUGGUCAGAACCCCUCAGAUAAGGAAACACACUUUGAUCUUGAUGUACAAUUGGUUCACAAGCUCUGUUCUCUACCAAGGCCUCAUCAUGCACAUGGGCCUUGCAGGGAGCAAUAUCUACUUGGAUUUCUUCUACUCUGCCCUGGUGGAAUUCCCAGCUGCCCUCAUCAUCAUCCUCACCAUUGACCGUAUAGGUCGUCGGUUUCCAUGGGCUGCAUCAAAUCUCGUGGCAGGAGCGGCCUGCCUCGCCUCGGUUUUCAUCCCUGAGGAUCUCCAGUGGCUAAGAGUCACAGUCGCAUGCUUGGGUAGAAUGGGGAUUACAAUGGCCUAUGAAAUGGUUUGCCUGGUCAAUGCAGAGCUGUACCCCACAUUCAUCAGGAAUCUUGGUGUCCUUGUCUGCUCCUCCAUGUGUGACAUCGGUGGUAUCAUCACGCCGUUCCUGGUCUACCGGCUCACCAACGUCUGGCAUGAGCUUCCGCUGGUGGUUUUUGCGGUGGUUGGCUUGGUUGCUGGGGGACUGGUGUUGCUGCUCCCGGAGACCAAAGGGAAGGCUUUACCUGAGACUAUUGACGAAGCUGAAAACAUGCAGAGACCAAGAAAAAAUAGAGAAAAGAUGAUUUACCUCCAAGUCAAGAAACUAGACAUUCCCUUAAACUAAGAAGAGACCACUAUUGCCACGGCCUUGCUGUGAUGAUACAAGUCCAGACCAGAGAUUCCUCCAUUCACCACAAAGCCCAUGCAACUCAACCUCACUCCCCUUUGAACCCUACAAACUUAGACCUAUAGCCGAAUAGAGUUUGUUGUCCUACUAUAUUAAAAUCUUCCCAUGGGACCAGAUCCCACCAAAGCCCACCAGCUCACUCCAUUCCCAGAAUUCCUAGGACAAUGCUAUUGGUGUGUUGGGAAUUGUUUUCAUCUUUGUAUUUCUUUAUUUUAUUCCUUUUUCCACAAUGAUAUCAAACCAAAACACAUAGGGGAAUUGUGGGCCAGGGAAACAAAAUAGAAAAGAUCUGAAAAACAA